UCUACCUCACGCGAUGAAUAUUUACUCUGUAUUUGGGCUUCCAAAAUCAGAAAUUAGGAUAAAAAGCUACCUUUUGCUUGUACAAACAUAGAGGAAAAUCUUAAAACAGUUGAUCUAUUCUCAGAUACGAGUAUUUGUUGAAGAAAAAGGUGGCGUUGUACUUGAGGGAACUUAUCGCGCUUCAGCAUCCGAAGAGCAUCCGAAGGCUUCAGCCAAACUUCGCCUGACAGUUGUUCAAGAGUUCUUCAGCAUUUCGACUCAAGAAUACUUAUACUCAACCAAGAAAGAUUUAUGUUAAUGUUCCUGUGUUAUUACGUUAAUAUAAUACGAGUUUUAGCGUAAAAUGGAAGCGCCUUACGUCGGAACGGGAUGCUAUGGAAUGCCACCACCAACUAUUCCAACUCCGCCAGGACUGGAAGCGAUUUACUCAACUUUGCGAAGACUCUAUCCAGAUCAACCUAAUCCACUCCAAGUAACUGCACUAGUUAAAUAUUGGAUUGGUGGACCUGACCCUCUUGAUUUUAUUAGUAUGUUUGGUAACCCUGGCAACCCCAUGGAAGGCAUACCACCACAUUGGCAUUAUGUAUCGUCAGGGUUAUCUGAUCUCCAUGGUGAUGGAAGAGUACAUAAGUAUACUGGUAUGGAUGGUCCAAGUGGAUAUGGUUUUGAAUUAACCUUCCGGCUAAAGAAACAAGCWGGACAGACKGUGCCUCCUGCUUGGCCAGCAGAACUUYUGCAACAGCUUGCAAGAUAUGUUUUCCAGACAGAUAGCAUUCUUUGUCCAAUUGACCAUAUCUCAUGGCAUGCGAAACUGUAUCCCUUGGCAUAGAGAAAGAAGGUUCAAGUCUCAGUGGUGUUGCUGGGAAAUGUUGGUGGGAAGCCUAUUCCCCUAAUGGCUCCUUCCCCAGGCCAGCCUCAGAGGACCCUAAUUUGGCAAGGUUCUCUAUACCCCAACGGAACAAGGACCUGGCGACAAGAUACCAGGUACUGCCAAGCAUCUCAAARAGUAAGACUGUCAGAGGCGAUGGAUAUGACAGAGAAUCAACCUGCGCAAGCGCCGUAAGUGAAAUAGUCAGGACGCGGACUCUGAAUGCCGUWCAUCUGAGGUUUGGAUACGAAGCAGCCCUGAUGCUCCCGUUGGCAAUCAGAUUCUCAUCACUGAUGAAUUCCUACAGCGACUUGACAAGGAUUUGGACGAGCUGACAAGACCUCACGAUCUCGAACUACCGAAAGAGUACCGCUGGCCCUCCGAUGGUCUUGUUAUAACAGUUCUCCCAAAUGACAAAUAGCAAAUAAUCUACAGAUAAGUAACAAUUACCGCCACGUWCCUUCUUUGUCACGGUUUUUGGGUAUUGCGUUACCUGACAAUAGUUUUCAGGAAAUAUGUGGUACUUAGYCUAUGAGUCACGCAAUGUACUUUUUGCGUGACUGAUCUUUUAAGACAAUUUUACGAGAAGUCACGUAGUGUGCGUGAUUCGCAUGGAUAAUAAGAACAAGAUYUUGAACAAAGACGUUUUGGUUUAAAGUUUAUGAUAGAUCUUAUGCUUUCUGGUACGUAACGCGAAAUACAAUAAAUACGUUAGAUACGUAAAAGUGGAAGAUUUAAUUUUUAAAUUAGAUUUAAAAAAGCGGGAAAAAUACAUUGAGAAAUAUAUAAAUAUUGAAAAGGAGCUUUUUCAUGGCUCACUCCGAGUAAAUCUUGUUACGUUGGCACUUUAGCUAAAUAAAUAUUAUCUUAUGUAAAUGAGUAUAUUAAAUUACCUACGAUACGAUAAAUUAUAUACAACUGAUUCAAGAAAGAUUUCCGGAGACUGUGAAAAAUGCAAGACCGAAAGUUAUUGUGUGGUAUUGAAAAUUGCAUCACUUAUCAUAUUCUGUCCUUUUCUUAAUACACGAAUCCCAAAAUGAACUAGCGCUUUUAAAAAUUUCGCAUGAAGACGGGGCAUAUGAAAAGAGAUUUCCAAAGCUGGCUUUUAGUUUUGCGCGUUUUCGUGCCCGCCUCUUCGGUGUUUUUGAAAACACGGUCGGCCGCGCAUCUCAGAAAUCGUUUUGUAAAAAAAAUUACCAAACGAAAUUACACCUGUUUUCAAWAAUGCUGGCCCAGUUUAUAUUUAUUGAACAAUUACAGCCAUAUAUGACAUUWAUUUCUUCAUUGAGUGUUCGUAAAGCUAUUUCGGCCAUUCCUUGAGUCAACGCUUUUGAAAACCGGUGUAAAUAGUUUAGUGUGUAUAUAGCUGAAGUAUUUCAGCAACUUAAAUUGUGCAUAAAACCUGGUUUAGUUUUUAUUAAAUGCCGAAAUUAGUUUUUCAAAAUAAAAUGACUUAAGAUUGAAUA